GUAUGUCACUGUACCACACCGCGCCGAUCAUGGAUACUGCUACUACGCCGGCCGGAAAGGGAAUCACGGCGGCGAAGCAGCAGAAAGAGGACCUCGAGUUCCUGUGGAAGUGGCGCAAGUAUCUGCUGCUGCUUGCCACGCUGGUCGCCAGCGUGACCUACGCGGCCGGGCUCAACCCGCCGGGCGGCGUCAGGUCCGACGAGGUCCCGCCGCUGCCGGCGGCCUACCCGAACCGCGUCGGCGACCCGGUGCUCCUCACCACCAACGAGCGCCGCUACACCGCCUUCUUCUACUGCAACGCCGCCGCCUUCAUCGCGUCCCUGGUCGUCAUCAUGUUCCUGCUCGACCGGCGCAUCAGCGACAACAGCGUCGGCCUCACCGUGCUCCGCUCCGCCAUGCUGCUCGACCUGCUUGCCCUCAUGGCCGCCUUCACUGCCGGGAGCUGCCGCGACGUGGCCGCGUCCGCCUACGUCUCGGCGCUCUUCGCGCUCGUCUUCGCCUGCGUUGCCGUCCACGUCCACGUGCACAAAGCCCGGGAAAAGCAGGCGGCCGCCACAUCCCUCGCGGACAAAGCUCGGGGAGAGCCGGCGGCUGCCACAUCCCCCUCGGACAAAGCCCGGGGAGAGCCGGCGGCCGCCACAUCCCCCAUGGAGAAAGCCGGGGAAAGGCCGGCGGCCGCCGCCACAUCCCGCGCGGACAAGUUCCUGCUGCUGCUCGCCACCUUCGCGACGCCGCUGACGUACGGCGCGGGGCUGGUGCCGCCGGGAGGCUUCUGGAGCCAGACCGAGGCUGGGCACCUCGCCGGCGCCCCGCUGCUGCACGACGGGCCCUACAAGAUCCGCUACAACGUCUUCUUCUACGCCAAUGCCAACUCCUUCGUGGCGUCCCUUGCCAUCAUCAUGCUGCUGAUGAGCCGGACGCUGAUGAGCGGCAGCCUCGCCCGGUCGCACGCUCUGCCGGUGUGCGUCCUGGUGGAGCUGCUCGGCCUGAUGGCCGCCUUCGCCGCCGGGAGCUGCAGGAGGAUCGACACCACCGUGUACGUCGUGUGCCUCGCUGGCUUGGUGCUCCUCAGCAUUGUGCUACAGGCGAAGGCCAUGUACACGUUCGAGCAAUGGCGUGCAUACGUGCGCCGCGCGCUCACGUGCGCCAACUUGGAGCUAGAACAAGAGCCAGACACGCCGCCGGGUAAUUCUCGAGGUGACUCCGGCGAGGUCCGUGUGGACAGGACAAGCACCAUCCAAAAUUGGCAGGUAGACAAGGUGGAGGAGUCACGGUCACUUCUACUCCUGCUGGCCACCCUCGCGGCGACGGUGACCUACCAGGCGGGGCUGAGCCCGCCGGGCGGCGUGUGGCCGGACAACCACGACCCGGGGCAUCCGGAUCACAUCCCCGGGAACCCGAUCCUCCUCGACAUGCACCCCAAGAGGUACAAGGUGUUCUACUACUGCAACACGGCGGCGUUCGUGGCGUCGGUGGUCAUCAUCAUCAUCGUCCAGAGCAAGGAGCUGAGCUCGCCCGCCACCAUCAGACGUGCCGCGCUCAAGACAGCCAUGAUACUGAACCUAUUCGGCCUCAUGGGCGCCUACGUCGCCGGGAGCUUCCGGGACGCCCCCACGACCAUCUACGUCUUUUCCCUGGCCGUCGCCGUCUUUGUCUACUCCAUCAUCAAGGUGGUGGCCUACACUCAUGGACAGAGCAGGCGGAUGGACUGGAUGCACCGGAUGUCGGACAGGCUUGCGAAGCUGCUGCAUCUAUCAUCUGACGGCCAACCUGGGUCCGAGCCCGAGGGCAGUGAAGAAGAUCGCAAAAGGCUCGAGAGGCGGCGCAAGUUCUUGCUGCAGCUUGCCAUCCUCGCCGCCACCGUGACUUACCAAAUCGGUCUGAACCCGCCGGGAGGGUUUUGGCCGGAGAGCAAAGGCGAGGGGUCGCUUAUCGCCGGCGACCCUGUCCUCCUUGACCACUACUCGAUCAGGUACCAGGUGUUCUUCUAUUGCAAUGCGACGGGAUUCAUGGCGUCCAUCACCGUCAUCCUCCUGCUGGUGAACCAGAGGCUGUACGAGCAGGGCAUCCGGAGCAAUGCGCUCCGCGUCUGCGUCAUGGUCGGGCUUCUAGGUCUCAUGGGAGCUUACGCAGCCGGCAGCUGCCGGCAACUGCGGACCUCCAUCUAUGUCUUUGCGCUCGUGGCCGCGGUGGUCACCUUCCUCGUCCUGCAGACCCUACUUUUCGUGUCGGCGGGGAGAGUCAAUUGUUCAAAGUUGCCGCCAUGGCUUCCCGAGCGGCUAAAGCGGUUGUUCGAGCCCCUAGGAUCAUCGCCGUCAUGGCUGUCCACCCGAAACAAAGGUGAUGAUGAACAGUACGCGAAACGCAAGUACCUGAUGCUGCUCGGCAUCCUUGGAGCGAGCGUGACGUACCAGGCGGGUCUCGCGCCUCCUGGCGGCACAUGGGGCGACGACGAUACCGUGUCGUCCCCAUCGCCGUCGCCGCCCCCAUCAGCAAGCCCACCCAACGUCGCCGGCAACCCGAUCCUGCUUCACUCCAACCCGGCACGGUACCAGGCCUUCUUCUACUGCAACGCGACGUCGUUCAUGGCCUCCAUCGUCGUCAUCAUGCUGCUGCUGCUGCAGUACACCGUGAAGAAGCAAUACGCCGUGAAGAAGAGCGCCGCGCCGCUGUGGGCGCUGCAGGCCGCUGUGGUGUUGGACCUGUUCGGCCUGCUAGGCGCCUACACCGCCGGCAGCUGCAGGGACUGGGAGACAUCCGCGUGCGUCAUCGCGCUCGUCGGCGCCGUGGUCGUCUUCAUCACGAUCUAUGCGCUGCUGUCGUUCGAGGCCGUGCGAGGGAAGGUAAAGGAGCUCCCGGUGUGCAAGUACUUUUCUAACAUGAUGGAGAAACGGGUGUGGAAGCCCUUGGGAGUUAGCAAUGGUGACGAUGAUCAGUCGGCCGCAAUCGGUAGCAGCGUGUAAUCAAUUGAUUCUUCUUGUUUAUUACAUUCCCUUGAUUUGUUAUUUCUUACUAUUUGUCAGCAUAACAAUGCAGAUGAACCAACAACUUUGUAUGGUUCAUGUUACAUCUAAUGUAGUCCUGCUAAAUAGACAAACCAAAACAGAGCAUGUAUUUUUGCCAAAUGAACUAGUUUCACAGGAAACUAUGUGCUGAGAAUUUUUAGCUCCACAUGGAAGCUCGCAUAGGUUAUGAUAUGAAUGAAAUAGCACAGGAUACAAUCCUCACAGAUAUCAAUGGGUGCAUCCAUGCUGGAUGAACCCGAUUGAACAACUGCACAGCUCUUUUCACCCUGCGGACAGAGCUGGGGCUGGAAGGCCAUCCAUCUCACUACUCACUAGUCAGUAGAACAAUACUUAAGCAAAAACAUGCAGAAGUUCAGAAAAACUCAAACACUGGAAUGCAAGGGGGUGAUGAUGCUAGGAUAGAAGUAAUUGUCAAACCAAACAGGGCCCAGUAAUCUCCCUCCUAAUGCGACGGUGGCAGUCUGGCAGAACUAACUGGUCCAAGUGGCAAGAAAUAUGAAGCACUAAUAAUGCAUAACAGGAGAUAGAUAGUGUAUCACCCUUCACACACGCAGCCUGGAGAUUAUUUAUGCCAGAUGUUCGACCCGACAUUUCUUUAGUUUUGUGGACUUUCUUUUUCAUUUUUCACACUGAACAUUUUCUAAUAAUUAACACCCACCUAUAUGAGUAUGUUUACAUUUUUAAAGCUGAAAGUUGCGACAUAUUUCUACAUGAGAAUGCUCUCCUGAAUAUGCACAGGGUGAUUGUCCAUGACAAAUUUUAGAUUAAAAAAUAUUUAAUGUCAGUAACAGUUGUCAGUGACCCAAUAUUAGCAUUUUGCAGAUAAUUUGCAUUUAACAACUUUAGCAGUUGCCCAAUUGUGUGCUCACUAUUGUCAGACGAAUCAACAGAAAUUCAUUGACUCUUCAAAUCCAUAACUCACAAGUCAAGAACCACAUAACAUAUCUCUUACGUUCUAUUUUUGUACAAAUGAGUUCACAAUAGAUAUCUUCACUUGCCUUCUUUACACUGUUCAAGAAGGACCAACACACUAAGCAGGCAGCAGCCCUGUACCUAGGGCUUCUAGAUGACUUACUUAUUUGUCCUGAUCUCAUCCAUUUGUCAUGCAUUAUGCUAGCUAGGCAAGGCCGAAACUAGGCUGCCUUUUAGAACAUUUUAUCUUUCAGGAAAUUAGACAAAAUCAUGUACACUACUCACUUAUCCUUAGACUUAUUAGAACGGACCAUGUACACUAUUCUUACACUUGUACGGUAGUAUCAUAACUGAUUUAUGGGGAGUAUCAUACAUGCCACUCCGACUUUGUGAAAUUUUAAAUCUGCCAUCUAAGCUAGCAUGUAGUUAUGUAUUUGCCAUCAGAAACAAACAUUAAUGUUGCUUGAUGGCACUUGCAAUGGACAAUGCUAGGAAAGGAUAACAACCCAUGUUUGAUGAUUACUCAAUGGUGACGACUUGAUUUGGUAAACACAAAAAUUGCGACCAAAGCAUUAGCCUACACAAGCCCUUAUCUGCCCAUGCUCACAAGCCCUUGGCUCCAACCAGGCUAUGCCAUCAAAUAAGGGUAUAGUAGUGUUUUGUGCCAAUUAGAGUUUAACGUGGCAUUGAACAAAACUUAUAUAUUCUUCCAAUGGCAAACACAAUAUGAUGCAAACUCAAGUGACAAAAGUACACAAAUUAGCAAACUGUGUAUA